AUGCGCGCGGAGAAGGUAGUUUUUCAGAAACCGUCAAAACUGAAGCAACUACCGAACGAAAUCUUCACCGCGCCGAACUCGGCCGCAUGUGGAAUAGAACUCACCAUCGGUCGGGAGUACCUUAUCGGAGGUAGUGUCGACGAGCAAAGUGAACUUCGUGGUUACCUAUGUGGACUGGUUCAAGAGUGGAGCACCGUGUCUACCAAAGAUAGAGACGCUCUGAAGACUUACAAAUGUUGA